UGCUCGGGGGUCACGAUGGACAGCAAGAUGGCUUCCGCCAGCAGGGUCGGGCAGGUAGUGAAGCCACAUGCUCUGUUAAUAAGGUUCCCUGACAGAAGAGACAAUCCUAAACUCAGUGCCUCAGACGUUUUGAGAUCUGCUGGGCUACCCUCCCACUCUGCUGUAAUUUCACAGCACUCUAAAGGAAACAUAUCCCCAGAUUUGCUGAUGCAUCCGGGGCCACCAGACACUGCAGAAAUACUAAAAACAUUACCUCAGAAACACAGAAGGAAACCUUUAUCUCAAGAAGAAAUGGACUUUAUCCAGCGUGGAAGUCCAGAAUGAUCGCUGUAGCUGCUGUUUGUCACCAGACAAAAGGAUUAUCUUUACAAUAAAGGACUUCCAAAAUGUCAAAUGAAAAUUGUAUAUUAAGCAACCUUAAUAAAUAUUCUGCGGAAAGAAUGAAGUAUAGAAA